UGGCGUGGGCUGCCGACGACAGGUGGGCGGACCUGGCAGAGCACGGUCUUCCGCGCCCCUCCUGGGGCACUUGUGCUCCCUCGCCCCCACCCUGGCCGCUUUCUCUGUCCAGUAGAAGACGCGUGGUGUAGUCGUCCGCUUGGAGUUGGAGGGCGGCUCCCAGGACCCUGGUGGGAGAGCGUUGGCGCCGUUUGCGAGGAGGGGCUUGCGAGGAGGGGCGGGAGACGGUGGUGGGAGGUGCCCCCGGCGCGCAGAGCUCCAGUUCGAGGAGCGAGGGGAGCCCGGCACCCCGCGCAGGCAGAGCGCCCCGAGGGUGGACACCAGCGUGCGCUCCCCACCAUGGCUCGCCCGCGGACCCCUCGACCACCGCCGCCUGUACUCCUGCUGCUGUUGCUGCCACCACUGCCGCUACUGCCCGGAGCCGGGGACCCCCUCCCCACAGAAGGCCGGCUCAUGAACAACUGUAUCCAGGCCAGGAAGAAGUGCCAGGCCGAUCCCACUUGCGAUGCUACCUACCACCACCUGAAGUCCUGUACCUCUAGUAUAAGCACCCCGUCACCUGCAGAGGAGUCUUCAGUUUCUGAGGACUGCUUGGAGGUAGCACAACGCCUCAGGAAUAGCUCCCUGCGGAGCUGUACAUGCCAACGGCGCAUGAAGAACCAAACUGCCUGCCUGGACAUCUACUGGACCGUUCACCCUGCCCGCAGCCUUGGUGACUAUGAGCUGGAUGUCUCCCCCUACGAAGACACAGUGACCAGAAAACCCUGGAAAAUGAAUCCCAACAAACUGAAGAAGCUCAAACCAGAUUGGGAUCUCUGCCUCAAGUUCGCCAUGCUGUGCACUCUUAAUGGCAAGUGUGGCCGGCUUCGCAAGGCCUACGGGGAGGCGUGCUCGGGACCCCGCUGCCAGCGCCACACCUGCCAGCGGCAGCUCCGCACCUUCUUCGAGAAGGCCUCUGAGCCCCACGCGCAGAGCCUGCUGCUGUGCCCGUGCGCGCCGGCCGACCUGGGCUGCGGGCAGCGCCGGCGCAACACCAUCGCCCCCAGCUGCGCGCUGCCGGCUGGGACCCCCAACUGCCUGGAGCUGCGGCGCCGCUGCCUCUCCGACGUCCUGUGCAGAUCUCGCCUGGCAGAUUUUCAGACCCACUGCCAUCCCAUGGACGGCAGAGAGACCUGUGCUACAGACAAGUCCAGAUGUCUGCUGGCAUACACGGGGCUGAUUGGCACUGCCAUGACCCCCAACUUUGUCAGCAAUGUCAACGCCAGCGUUGCCUUAAGUUGUACCUGCAGAGGCAGUGGUAAUCUGCAGGAGGAGUGUGAGCGGCUGGAAGCGUCCUUCUCUCACAACCGCUGCCUCACGGAGGCCAUUGCAGCUAAGAUGCGUUUGCACAGCCAACUCUUCUCCCAGGCCUCACCUGUGAUGGAACACCAGAAAAACAGCGCUGCUCUGAGGCCACAGCCCUGGGUACCAUCUCUGUUCUCCUUCACACUUGCCUUGAUUCUGCUCCCAAGUUUCUGGUAGCUGUACUUCCCUGGAGGCCCUCUUCCCCUCUGCUACACCCAGGGCUGACCUGCUGCCUAUAAGAGGUGAAGAAAGGACAGUAUCAGGAAGGAGGUGCAGUACACAACGUGACAACCCCAACCCCUCCCCCCACCCACCCAUCCAGUUUGCUCCAGAUGAGGCCACACAGUAGGAGCUGACUGGCUAAGUUCUCAUUCCCUCCACUUCUGACUCAGGUUGCUCCUCCUUAGGAACUGGUUACCACGUUUAGCCAUCUCUUCUGGUGGUGACCAGAGCUACGAAACUGUCUCCUGAUCCCUUCCUCCUGCCCCACAGGAUCAGCAGGCUUUCAGAAAUCAGUCCUUCUCUAUUGCAUUCUCCAGGUCAGCAGGGCUGUGUUCCUAGGCAGCCUGGAAAGACACCCCCCAUUGUUAGGAAAGCUGGAGCAAGACCCCUGCCCCCUUGUCUCCUCUGAAGGGGGAUGGGAACCCACUGCCUGCCCUGCCCUGGGAUCCUGCAGAGCGUUUGAGCAUCAAGAGCAGGAGCAUUUGGGCCUUGCGGUCUUCCUGCCACUGUCCCAAAGUCCCCUCAGCCUCUUGGAUCAUGAUUAAACGUUUU